AUGACGACGUCGAGUUUGAAGACGAUUAGUCGAGUUUCUGCCGCGUCGUCCAUGGUCGAUGGAGAAUCAAUGGGUGUCGAUACAGAAUUCGUGACGAAUUCGGCCGUGGCGACGGGUGCUGUUGGAACGACUGGGUGCAAAGCGGAGUGCGCGGUAACAGCAGUCACAGCAGAUCGACCGGAGUCACUGUCACCGGAAGCCAGGUGGGUGUCUACUCAGCGGUUCGGCCAGGAAAAAGGCAAGACUGGUUUGGAACUUGACCCUCUGUUCGACCGGCUUGGAGGCCGACAGAGAGUCCUUGUACCAGAAACCGACUUCACCAGCAGUGCGAACGGGCUUGGACCCGUAGUUGGAGUUCUUGGGCAAAAAUUAUCAUCCUGA